CUUAAAAGUCUGCGGCAGAUAUCCAGUCUUGUUUCAUCCCUCUCAUUCUGUCUGCAAGUUCACAAGGAAACCGAAAUGCCAAAAUCACGACCAGGAAACGUGGACGCAGCCUCCAAGCAGCCUACCCCAAAGCCGCAGACCAACUUCACGAAGUGGAUAACACGUAUAGCUGGACUACUGCUCCUUGCUGUAACAUUUACCUGGCUUGAUAGUAUCAAGGACCGGUGGUACGUUCUAGACCCAAAGCACCUCCACGAGCUAGCGCAAGAAGCCAUCGCCACAUCACCAAAUGACCCCCAAGGCAUGAUCACUCAUAUCCUCACCAAUCUCACCUCCACAUACCCGCAACUCGAGUCCCCUUCCAUCUCCCUCAACUCGAACGCCUCUGAGUGGGUAUUCAACAAUGCCGGAGGCGCAAUGGGCGCAAUGUACAUCAUCCACGCGUCCAUCACCGAGUACCUCAUUAUUUUCGGCACCCCUUUAGGCACGGAAGGACACACGGGGCUGCACACCGCAGAUGACUACUUCCAUAUCCUAGUCGGCGAGCAGUGGGCGUUCAGACCAGGUGCGUUGGAAAUGGAGAAGUACGGCCCUGGGGACGUGCAUUUCCUCCCGAGGGGCACUGCGAAGCAAUACAAAAUGCAUGAGGGAUGCUUCGCGCUCGAGUAUGCUCGCGGCUGGAUCCCAUUGAUGAUGCCCUUUGGGCUUGCGGACACCUUCACGUCUACCCUCGAUAUUCCGACGUUAUACCACACCGUCCGCAUUACGGGACGGGAGAUGAUAAAGAACUUGCUUGUUGGCAAAAUAUGAUCUAAGUUAUGCGAGAUACAUUGAUUCAUGAGGAGCAAGGACACCUAUUAUAUGCUAUAAUACCCCUAGAUAGAAUAUUGCGCUGGUCGUUCUACCACGCGGUAAUGCCAAUGCCAUUUACUAGGA